AUGGACAGACCAUUCACUCGACCUCUGUCUACGGCAGACAUAUCGACGUCAUUAGCUGAUCUAUUCAAACAGCCGCAUCCCUCGAACAACUCUGAGAUUCUUGGGCUUCUGUACCACCUGGCAGAAACAUGCUCCAAGAACAUUGGCGUUGUGCACCGAGGCAUCACUUGUGACGGAUGUGGGACGUCUCCAAUAGUGGGAACCAGGUAUCAUUGCAGCGAAUGCGUGGACGUGGAUCUGUGCCAAUACUGUGUUGUACUUCGCAAGCACCAAUGGAGUCACGUGCUUAUCAAGAUCAAGAUCCCUGCCCCCUUGAAGUAUUCCCCCCAAUGGGUAUGUGAGGGCUGGACUGGAUGCGACAAUGACGUCAUUACGAGAACAAAUGUCAAGGAGGAGGAAACUAAUGGGUCACGUGAUGAGCCAUGUGACAAGAAUGAUUCUGAUACCAAUCACAUGGAGGCUCACGUCUUAUCUAACGAUCCACCUCAGGACGAUCUGUCCGACAAGGAGAAACACACGAUAUCUGCUCAGACAGGAAUCGAGCCGAAUGCUGUGCAAAAGGCUUGGAGAAAGUUUUUCGUGCUUUGUGACGAACGAGACCCAGAACCCUCAGAGAUCAAAUCGACGUCUUUCUACAUCUCCCACUCAAAGCUCAUUGCAACAUAUACCAUAGUGUCCGGAGACGACCGACCAGACGCCACCCAAGAGAAUAUCGUGCGUCUUUACAACCUAUCACGUCACCCCACUCGUGUUUCAUUCGUUGACUUCCUCACUGUUGAGCACUGGAUGGACUCUACUGCUCCUCACUGUGAGUUGGAUCUGGUGGCCGGUUUCUUUGAUCUCAACAAGAAUGAGGGACCUUCUUCUACUCGAAAGCGAGUAUCUCGGAUGGCUCUUUUGCACUCGUUGAUGAAGCUUUUCAACACCAUUAUCACCCAGCAAAUCUGGUGGGGUGCCAAUAAUGAGUCUCGAGACAUGGAGGAAAUUGUCACUGGACCCGGUCCCGUGUCAAGCAAGUUCCAAGAGUACAAUGAUUUCAUCCGACAACGGUAUUUUGACCGUAAGCCGUUUCCCAAGGAGGACCAUCCGGAUGGUGACAUGUCUAAACCAUACUUGCAGCCUCCGAUUUCGGCUAUCAGUUCCAUGGAAAACAUGGCUCGAGACACACCUGUGGAUGCCCUCCAUGCCCACUUUGGGGGCCAUUAUUCUUUAUUACAGGAGAUGAUUGGUAUGGCGUGUGGUACUGAGCUGAUGAAUCCGCUGUUGAAGAUUCUCAAAUCACGAGGAGUUAUUGAUCGGAAGACGAGACAUAUUAUUGGCGAUGUGCAUGUCAUGGCAGGAGACCAGGAGGCCAUGUUGUUGAUUUCUCGUCUUGCUGGGUUGAUUCGGAAGUUGAGGGGGUAG